AUGGGCAAGCACGCGCCGUCCAAGUCCAACCGCGAGGUGGUAGAGUCCCUGUACGCUUCCCUGGCCCGUGGCGACGCGGCGGCCGUGACAGCACUGCUGGCAGCGGACCUGGACUGGUGGUUCCAUGGGCCGCGCCGGUGCCAACAUAUGCGACGCCUAUUGACCGGCGAGGCGGCGGGUGCUGUGGCGUUUCGGUUCACGCCAAUGCGGGUUGCGGAGGUCGGCAGCGCCAUGGAUGGCCAGUGGGUUGUGGCGGAGGGGUGGGCCGGCGAGCACGACUACUGGGUGCACGCGUGGUGCCUCCGCGACGGCAUCAUCACCAACUUCCGUGAGUACUUCAACACGUCUGUCACCGUCAGGAAUCUAGGCCAGACGGCUAAGGAAGACGUGGUGUGGGCCAUAUGGGAGAGCCAAUCGCCCAGGCCCAAGAGCCGCUCCAUGCCGGGUCUAGUGCUCGCCAUCUGA